AUGGAUCCCAACGCCGAGGAACCGGCGCCGAUCGUGUACAUUGGCCAACAUGAAUCGCAGCGAGAGAUUUCGGUCAACAGCCAGCUGCUGGGUGAUGCUCAAUCGCUGGGCUACGACUUGCUCACGGCGCCCAUCACCACCACCCAUUUCCAGUCCCGAGUACUGGCCAUCUUGGCCGACUAUGUCAAGCUCAUCAGCGAAUCUCCUCUCCCGGAUGCUUUACCCCUACCAAACAUCUCACCCCUCACCCCCAAGGACACCGAUCUCUCUCCCGAGGACAGCAACAGUGCCUUGAUUGCAGUCGCCAGCUCCUGGAUUGAUCUGGGCUCCAAAGACCCCCUCAUCGCUCACAUCAGUCGACAAGUCUUCAAUGCGGAAGUGGCCUACGCUGCCUUUGUUGGAAUCAGCAGCAUUCUGGUUCAAGGUCCAGUACAGGGCUCUGAUGUUGCGCAGUAUUCGAGGGCCAUACUGGAAGCUCUGAGCCUUGGUCCCUAUGUUCAGCUCCACAUUGUCUUACCAAUGACUGGCGAGCUCGAGAUGGAAGGCUUCGACGGGGAGCAUCUGUCCGAGCUGGCCAGGAAGCAGUACGUUGUCGAAGAAGAUGAAGACGACGACGGCGAGCCAGAGCCAUUCGGAAGCUGGGAGACGUGGGAUACCAUCAGAUCCGUUUGCAGCUACAGCAAUAAGCUUACAGUAGCUCUGGAAGUCCCUCGUCAGCUGCCAUUCGCCAGCAUCCAGUCGAGAUGGUAUUCUGAAUCCAUUCGCUUGCUCCUCUUCCCUCGAACGUCUUUCCUCCGCAACGCAAAAGGCUAUCCAGUACUUUCAAAGCCGCACCAGCAACUCUUCACUCGAUUCCUACGACUUAGAUUCCCACCCUGGCUUCUCCUCGUUGAUGUCGACUCCAUCAAGCCAAUGGAGGAGGCAGCAUCAGGAGGUGCACCACUUGAGCCAACGCCAGCAGAGUCAGCAAACAGUGCAGAACCCCAAGACCCCGUCUCGCAUCUACGCUACAUCAGACAUUUGCAGCAGACCCAGCCAUCACGGCCACCAAUGGAACGCUUUGGCCAAGGUUACCAAGACUACAUCCAGUCGCCACUGCAACCUCUCACCGACAACCUCGAGUCCAUUACGUAUGAAGUCUUUGAGAAGGACCCUGUCAAGUACGAGUGGUACGAACGUGCAGUUGCUGCAGUGUUGAAAGACUUGAGGAAGAAGCUUGGCGAACAACAUGAGAUUGUCGUCGCUGUGGUGGGUGCUGGUCGAGGACCUCUGGUGACGAGAUCACUGCGGGCCAGCAAAUCCACCGGCAUCCCCAUCAGAUGCUGUGCUGUAGAGAAGAACCCCAACGCCCACGUUCUCAUCCAGCGACGCAAUGCCACAGACCCGCUCUGGAAUGGCCAGGUCCUCAUCUACAAAUCCGACAUGCGUGCAUGGCCUGGGCCGACUGUCAAUGGCAAUGUGCGGCAAGUCGACAUCUUGGUGUCUGAAUUGCUCGGCUCGUUUGCAGACAAUGAACUUUCACCUGAGUGCCUCGAUGGCGUACAGCACGUUCUCCACCCCGAUCACGGCAUUAACAUCCCACAAAGCUACAGCGCACAUCUCACACCCAUCGCCACGCCGAAAUUGUAUAGCGACCUGCUCACCCGUCCCGCCGACGAUCUGUGGGAAACUCCAGCGGUGGUCAUGCUUCAUCAAUACGAUGACCUGUGCACCAUCGCCAAUGCCUCAGGUGAACGGGUUCCAGAUGUGAAAGAAGCGUGGUCUUUCCAUCACCCAAUCGCACCAGCAAUCCUCACCCACGCCUUCGUGCGAGCCGGCGGCGCUUCAGACGCAGGUGGCUGGACAGGUGGCGACGGCAAGAACGAGCACAACGUCCGGUCGUGCAAAGUCUCCUUCAAAGCCCAAGAUCGAGGAGUCUGUCAUGGGUUGGCGGGAUACUUCGAGACAGUGCUGUAUGCACCAGAAGAUGGGAGCAAGAAGGUGGAGCUCAGCACGAAUCCUGUGAUGAUGAAGGCGAAGAGCGAGGACAUGAUCAGUUGGUUUCCGAUCUUCUUUCCGCUGAAGAAACCCAUCUUCAUCCCCGACGAGGCCGAAAUCGAAGUCAGCAUGUGGCGCCAGACAGACGAUCGUAAAGUGUGGUACGAGUGGUUCGUAGAGGUCUUCGCACAAGGAACGAAGGGCAAGAGGAUGAAGGUGGGCGGGAGUGAGCUGCACUCGAGCAAGAAGAAUGGCUGUUUGAUGUAG